UUGACAUUCAUGUGGGUCUUUCUCCUUUAUUUAAAUGUCGUAGAAUUAAAAAUUAGUAAGUUACUAAGUUAUGUUUAUUAAUUAAUUCGAAAUCUACAUAGUACAUUUUCUCUUAGUAAUUUUUUUAGUUUGAAAAUAUACACAUUAUUCUCUUAGUAAUUAAUUCAUGUGCAUUUGUUUUUAUUUGAAUAAAAUUUUGAUAAAAUGUUUUUGUUAUUCUCUUCCUUGAAUCUUCUCCUGCACAUUCACAAACUAUAUCCUAAAGCUAAAUCAGAUCUUUAUAUUUAUUUAAUUAACAUUAAAAAAAACCAUAAAAAUAAAUCCCCUGAAAAGUGAAAACCCCUAAACCAACGAUUUAGUUAUUUAAUUUCCUAACUAAAACAAAAAGUAAAAUACAAAUUCGUCAUCGCUCACUAGUCACUGCUAUAUAUAUAUCUGAAGAACUCAUGUGAGCUCAAAAAACCUUCACUUUCUCUCCAAGAAACUUUCUUCCUUCUUCUUUCUCGAACGUUCCAUGGAUCCCAAAGAAAUCCACCAACAGCAACAGCAGCAGAAUCGCAACGCCGCCGACGCGUUAGCGGGUCCCACCGCCCCUUCUCAGGCCAUGCACAACCGUCCAUCUGUCGGGGCUCUCUCUCUGCGCCAGCCUCAACCUCGACAAGCGGUCAUGCUCGACGGAUCGCCUUACCCCGUCGUGGCCGAACGACGCUGGAGGCAACUCGGGAUCAAGGAACGAGACGCUCCUCCUGAUGUCAAUGUCAAUGUCCAUGAUGGUGGAGAUAGCGGCGGAGGCGCAAAUGCUGGCCCACCUGCUAAACGCAAAGGUCGUCCUCUUGGCUCCCGUGAUAAGCAGCCGCGCAAAGCUUCAGGAGGAGGAGGAGGAGGAGGAGGACCGCUUACAGCUCAUGUCAUUAACGUCAAUGCUGGAGAGGACAUAGCUAUCAAGUUAGUGGAGUUUAUGAAGCAAGAACCACGCGAAGUCUGUAUUCUCUCAGCUUCAGGAGUUGUAUCUAUUGCAGUGGUUCAAUCUGACAAUCCUCUUGGAUUUGUUAAGUAUGAGGGCCUAUAUGUUAUCACUGAUUUGUCAGGUACUUUCUGGAAUACGGAGAGUAAUGAUGGUGGUGCUACUGUGACCAGAACUGGUAACUUGAGAGUGUCUCUAGCUGGUCCUGAUUGCAAGGUUGUGUGCGGUUGUGUUUGUGGAAUGCUUGUAGCUGGUUCACAAGUAGAGGUCACUGUUGGAACCUUUGUACGAGAGGGAGUGAAACUGAGCUCAGCUUCAGCACCAGCCAAUGUAUCGAGCUUAACUGGUGGUGGUGGACCAGGAUUACCUCAGUCUCAGGGACCAAGCGAGUCAUCAGAGGAAUAUGAUACUACAUCUCUUGGAAACUUUACGCCACAACCACCUCACCAUCGUCCCCUCUGGCCUGGCAACAAUCCUCAAUAAGCAAAUGGUUCUCACUAAGGGGUUGACUUCUUUGUUCCAUCAGAAUUGUCCAUAAGUAGAUUGAUCUUUCUUAAGAGAGAGAGAGAUGUUAAAGUAGGGUUGAGUUCAUACUUUUAGUUUGUUACUUAGUUUCUUUUGGUUGUGUGAUGAUUCUGUAAUCAACGAAUGAUCCGGUUUAGUUUCCAAGUAGGUUUCAGUUCAUUUUUUAUAAAAAAAAACAUUUCUCAUAAUGUACAUCUUCUCUUGUUUUCAUUAAAAAAUGUGGUCAAUACAAAACAAAAAACUAACUGUAGUUUUCAUAAUCUGUCUGACUUUUACUUAUCAAAGAAAAACUUAUCUAAAUUUGUAUGGCUUAAUCAAAAGACUGGAUUACACCAAGUGAUUUUUUGUUUAAAAGAAUGUUUGUCUUAAA